CGCUGAUUCGAUCGUCUCGUGGAGCUGAUACUGAUACUGCCGUGCUGGACAGCUUCACUGUAGUAACCAUCGUCAUUUGCGCGUCCUCCCCCCCCUUCCUCCAUCUCUUUCAUCCUCUCCGCUCUCUUUUUCAGUCCCCAGGGACCUCUAGACAGCCCACCAUGUUCAGAUUUGCCUCGAGCCGCACCGUGGCGUCGGCGUUGAACGCCUCCAAGAUUGCGCCCUCUGCCCGCUUUGGCGCUGCCCAACAGAAGCGUAACCUUUCCAUCCACGAGUACCUCUCCGCCGACCUCCUGAGACAGUAUGGCGUGGGCGUCCCCAAUGGCUCCGUGGCCAAGAACGCCGCCGAGGCCAAAAAGGUCGCGCAGAGCAUCGGCAACGACGACAUGGUCAUCAAGGCCCAGGUCCUCGCCGGUGGGCGUGGAAAGGGCACGUUCGACAACGGCCUCAAGGGCGGUGUCCGUGUCAUCUACUCGCCGCACGAGGCCGAGAUGUUCGCGGAGCAGAUGAUUGGGCACAAGCUCGUCACCAAGCAGACGGGGGCUGCCGGCCGCCUCUGCAACAGCGUCUACAUCUGCGAGCGCAAGUUUGCCCGUCGCGAGUUCUACCUGGCCAUCCUCAUGGACCGCCAGUCGCAGACGCCCGUCAUCGUGUCGUCGUCGCAGGGCGGCAUGGACAUUGAGACGGUGGCAAAGGAGAGCCCCGACGCCAUCAACACGACGUACAUUGACAUCAACGUCGGCGUGACGGACGAGAUGGCGCGCGACAUUGCCACCAAGCUCGGCUUCAGCGAGCAGUGCAUCGAGGACGCCAAGGACACGAUCCAGCGCCUGUACAAGAUCUUCCGCGAGAAGGACUCGACGCAGAUUGAGAUCAACCCGCUGUCCGAGACGUCGGACCACCAGGUGCUCUGCAUGGACGCCAAGUUUGGCUUUGACGACAAUGCCGACUUUCGCCAAAAGGACGUCUUUGAGUGGCGCGACGAGACGCAGGAGGACGCCGACGAGGUGCGCGCCGCCAAGUCCGGGCUCAACUUUAUCAAGCUCGACGGCGACAUUGGCUGCCUCGUCAACGGCGCCGGCCUUGCCAUGGCCACCAUGGACAUUAUCAAGCUCAACGGCGGCCAGCCCGCCAACUUCCUCGACGUCGGCGGCGGCGCCACGCCCGCCGCCAUCCAGGAGGCCUUUGAGCUCAUCACCAGCGACCCCAAGGUCUCGGCCAUCUUUGUCAACAUCUUUGGCGGCAUCGUCCGCUGCGACCACAUUGCCCAGGGCCUCAUCAACACGGUCGAGAACCUGAACCUCAAGAUCCCCAUCAUCGCCCGCCUCCAAGGCACCAACGUCGAGGCCGCCCGCGAGCUCAUUGACAAGUCAGGCAUGAAGAUCUUCUCCAUUGACGACCUCCAGAACGCCUCCGAGAAGGCCGUGCAGCUGUCCAAGAUGGUCAAGCUGGCCCGCGACAUUGACGUCGGCGUGGAGUUCUCCUUGGGUAUUUAAGCAAAGCACAUAUAGACUGGCUGGCCGGGACGCGUUCCGUGUAAUAUAUUCUCCCUGCGGCGGGCACGAGCAGGGCGCUCCGCCUGCUGAACUGGUGGAUGGAUAGAUGGAUCAAGGGAAUCCGGGGGUACCGUUAGUGUUGUUUGAGCAUCGAAUCGACAUGAUAUGCAUAUGAGGUAGUCUGUGUACGUAUCUGCUUUGACGUGAGCCGCGCUACGUCCUUGUCCGAUGAGCCGCAAUUCCCGCUCCGGCUGUCUGAGGUCAACGUCCCACAAAUCUCGGAAGA